CAACCUCUAAACGGAGAGAGGAGCAGUAUCACCCGGACGGUCGCGGCAGCCUUCUGGCUUGAAUAUCUUUUUUCCUUUUUUUUCCUGGAUCUUACACAUCUCAAAUAAACCCCGGGAUGCCUUCAAAUAAAAACACCCAAGGAGGGAAAGCCUUUGGACUGUUAAAGGAGCAGCAGCGGCAGAAAUUGGAAGAAAUAAACAAGGAAUACCUGGAAGACCAGAAAUACAGGGAUGAAGAAGACCUGGCAGAAAAAUUGGAAGGUUUCAAGAAUAAAUAUGCUGAGUUCGACCUGACUGAUGAAGGAGAGAUCGACUUGAUGGGUCUGAAGAGGAUGAUGGAGAAGCUAGGGGUACCCAAGACCCACUUGGAGUUGAAAAAGAUGAUCGUGGAGGUGACCGGCGGCAGCAGCAGCAACACUAUUGACUACAGGGACUUUGUCAAGAUGAUGCUGGGCAAGCGCUCAGCUGUGCUCAAACUAGUCUUAAUCUUUGAGGACAAAGCCAAUGGGACUCCCUGUAAGCCAGAUGGACCUCCUCCAAAGCGGGACAUUGCUAGCCUACCUUAAGUUGAAAUGUCAGCUUGUAGACUGCUAGUGGAGCAGAGGGACCAUCGGUGGCUGCUUGGAAAUAGAGCUGUUCUCUUAACAUGUGGAGUUGUUGUAAUAGUGUGGGACCAGUGAUCGAGGAUGUGAUUUUUGUGAUUUAAGGUGUGUGCGAGGUGUCUGUUAUUUUGGAAGACUGAGCCCACGAUUGGCUAAAUUAUGUUUGACUGUGAAUAUUAUUAUUCAUCUUCUCUUUUUUUUUUCCUUAAUUAAAAUGUAGCAUUGAUAGUUGUACGUGUGUAAUCUGCUUGAUAAAUUAAAUUCAGUAGUAAGUGUUUCAUGGUUAUACUUUUAAGGGAAGACACGUUCCAUUUUUUUAACGGCGUGAAAGUAGGAUGCUUUAGGAGAAGCACAAGGAAAAGAAGCAGUUUUUUUCCCAACACAUUUUUGCACUGUCCUCAGUGGUCUUGCAUGGAUUCUUGCCAGGCUAAUCUUGGUCAGCGUCUCUCUUUAGAUCAGGUGCCAGAGAUUACAGGGCCAGGCCAUUUCCUCUGGGUCAGAGGCAUCAGCCCUCAGAGCUGGAAUACUGAUCUGGAAUCAGUAACAAGGUUAUCAUGUCCACUUGAUGAUAUGAAAAAAGCAAUUUUUCUGCAUUUUGAAUAUUAUACACUCACAUUAGCUGAGAGAAGAAUGAGUGAUCAUGUUGACCGUGGGACUUUCAGUAUCAUCGUGUGGUUUGAUGACCGAAAGCAAAUUUGACUCCGUUUUUUUUUUUUUAGAUCUGUAAGGUUAAAGCACAUGUUCAUUUUGGAAGGAGUGUGAUUUACAAGCACACGAAUAGUCUACAAGCAUAACAAAUGUACAUAAUAUACUACAGACAGUACAAUCAUAUUCUUUCCAAGUGCCUCAACAUGCAGAUACUGUAGAGCUUAAACACACAGAUUGAAGAAGAGAAAAAAAAAAGGAGGGAGUGCACACACGUGUUCAGUUCAAGCAGUCCAUUUAGCUUACUAAUUCCAGAAAUCCAUGAAAUCAUGUUCUUUGGCAUUUGGUAAGAUAGUUUUAAUGAUGUUUUGUUGAAUUUUAUUGAUAUGGUGUUUAUUAUUGCUUUCCACAACAUUCUGAGUGAGUGAUGUUCACAAGUGGUGGGUUUUUUUUAAAACAAAUGUAGUUUUCUGUAUUUUCCCUUUUCUUACCUUUUAUUUUUUAUGUCACAGCACACAGAGUUUAAGCUGUUUAUUGGGUAAUUUCACUGUUUAGAUUACCAUGUAUUUGUCUUGCGAUUCAUACGUGUUAUUCAUUUUCUUUUCUUGUCUCUGAUUCAUUUUCCUUCCCCUGUAUUCCCCGUGUUCAUCAGGCAGCCAUGUCUGUCUGUCUGUCUGUCAAACUGGGUUCAUUGUCCUGUGAAUUCUGUUAUUUGUGCCUCAGAGUUUGUCUCCAGUUGAAAUGUUCCUGUAACUCACACUUAUUUACUGUGAAUUUGGUACUUGUCGUAUUUUUAACUCACUUAACACAUUUAUUUUUUUUUUCCAGACUGAUAUUAUAAUGUUGUUUAACCAUCAUGCACAUUCUUUGCAGACACCAAAGGAAUUAAAAAUUCUUCGUACACUGGCCUGUUAAGUUUUGAAUUGUGUAUUGUUUUGUGGUAAUAGA